GGACACAUCGACCAUGGCUUUUAAGUUCGUAAUUCUUGCGGCGUGUGUCGCAUUCGCGAGUGCCGGAUUCGUUCCUACCAGCACCUACAACGCAGCACCAGCGAGGAUCGCUUUUCAAGCAGCAGCUCCGGCGCCCCUGGUUUACCACGCACCCCUGGCCAAAACCGUCGUCGCCAAGCAAAUCGACGCUGAUUACGAUCCUCAUCCACAGUACAGUUACGGUUACGACGUGCACGAUUCGUUGACCGGCGACAUCAAGAACCAGCAAGAGACGAGAGACGGCGACGUCGUCCACGGAAGUUACAGCCUCGUCGAGGCCGACGGCUCCCGGCGCAUCGUCGACUACACCGCCGACCCCGUCAACGGAUUCAACGCCGUCGUUCGCAAGGAACCUGCCCAGGUCGCUGUCAAAGCAGUCCACGCCGCACCCGUCGCUCACUAUUCCCCCCUCGCCUACUAUCACCACUGAAACAGCGAUGAUUCCUGCGAACAAAAAACCGGACGCAAACCCCUUAAUAGUUCCUGAAACAACGAAGAUCUUCGGCUCGAAAUUUUCGCCGGAAAGGUGACGAAAUCCGAAGAAAAGCCUGAAAACCAGGGCCCUGGAAGCGACGUCUUAAAUUGACUUUGUUAGGAAAACACAAUGUUGAGAUUUUGUACUUUUUGUAAAGGAGCGUAUCCGUGUGAAUAAAAUAACAAUUUUGUUUUA